UAACAGUAAUGAAUUGAUGAGUAGGUAUCACAGGUCUGGCGCUCGCAGACGUCGCGAGAUUCGGCAAGGUGUAAAAUAAUGGCUUCGAUGCGAAAGCGUGGGGUGUCGGAGAAUCACAGCCAAUCAACUCACAAAUUGCCCCGCUGUUGCCUGCCGCGGUCGCGAUCGCUCAAGGACAGCUUGUUCCUCCACGCGCUGCAGCACAGGGACGCUUCAAGUUGUCAUCUUCCAACCCCCUCAAUCUUCGACCCAUCAGCUGAGCUGGAUCCGCGGCAGCUGAACCAGUCGUGGCCUCCUCCGCCAUGAUGGAUUUCCUCCAGCGCCUAGCGCGCUUCCUGGAUCGGCCGCUGUUCCCUUGGAAGAAGCUGAUCAUUGGCUUCUCCAUUGGGCAAUACGUAUUUGAAGCGCUUCUUGGCUUCCGUCAGUAUCGCGUUUUGCAGAGGACGAAGCCGCCCAAGGUGCUCGAGCAUGAGGUGUCGCAGGAGGUCUUCGACAAGAGCCAAGCAUACGGUCGGGCGAAGGCCAAGUUUCAGGCAUUCAACGGUCUCUACGGUCAACUCCAAAAUCUUGCCUUCUACCAGUUCGACGUGCUCCCGAAGCUCUGGUCAUGGACAGGCAGUCUUCUUCUCCGCUUCGCACCGACCCGCUUCACUGGCGAAAUCUCCCAGUCGAUAGUCUUCAUUCUGGCGUUCAUUGUGAUCCACCAAAUCCUGUCACUGCCGACCAGCAUCUACAACACGUUCGUUCUGGAAGAAAAGUUUGGUUUCAACAAACAAACCCCUAAACUCUUUGUUACGGAUCUGAUCAAGACCAACAUCCUGGCCUUCGUCUUGGCGCCUCCUAUCCUCGCCGGGUUCCUGUCCAUCAUCAAGAAGACUGGCAGUCAGUUCUUCUACUACCUAUGGAUGUUCGGCGCUGGUCUGCAGGUUUUCAUGAUCACCAUUUAUCCCAUCGUCAUCCUACCCAUGUUCAACAAGCUUUCCCCCCUGGAGGAGGGCAGGCUGAAGACGGACGUCGAGGACCUUGCAAAGAAGCUCAAGUUCCCACUUCACGAGCUAUAUGUCAUUGACGGCAGCAAGCGUAGCGCCCACAGCAAUGCCUACUUCUUUGGCUUGCCUUGGAAGAAGCACAUUGUCAUCUACGAUACCCUGAUUGAGAAGAGCGAGAACGACGAGGUCAUCGCCGUUCUUGCCCACGAACUUGGCCACUGGAGCUUGGGUCAUACCACGAAGCUCUUCGGUAUCUCCCAGGCCCAUUUCUUCUACAUCUUCGCUCUGUUCUCGGUCUUUGUCAACAACAAUUCGCUCUAUGCCGAUUUUGGCUUCGCCAGCGAGCACCCCAUCAUCGUGGGAUUCCUCCUCUUUUCGGACAUUCUUGGGCCGCUGGACAAUGUCAUUAAGCUCCUGAUGAAUAUCUUGAGCCGCCGCUUCGAGUUCCAGGCCGACGCUUUCGCCAACAGCCUCGGAUACAACACGGAGCUCUCGCGUUCCCUGAUCAAGUUGCAGAUCCAGAACCUGAGCACCAUGGAUGCCGACUGGAUGUUUGCCAGCUAUCACUUCUCGCAUCCCAUCUUAUCAGAGCGUCUGAAGGCUCUCAACUGGCAACCCACUCAGAAAGUAGAAGCGAAGGUGGCUGAGAAGGCGGAGAGCAAGGAGGAUGUUGCGACGGCGACUGGAAGAGAUGAGCUUUAACUGGGCGGUCGUGUUUAGUGUAGGAUACAUCGAUUUAGUUUUGGACGGCCAAAUCGGACGAUCGAGUUGGCUAUAUGGAUGAUCUCUUUAGCGGUCAAUCGGCGAUCGCUUGAUAAGUACUCAACAGUAUCACUCAAGUCAAAUAGACGAAUAUGGCCAU